GAUAGAGUGCACUGCCUUCGCGGCGCGCUAUCGGAUGUUUCUGUGAAGGAUCGUGUCUUUGGAUGUGUUAUCCUGACGAUUUUGUGUCAGAUUGGUGAUUCUAAUAUGCACACUGGGUCUCUAUCUGCUAGCGAUAUAGCCCUGAAUUGAAAAAAGUGUUCUCUGGCGAUUGGAUUUUACAUAAUUUAUUUCUAAAGUGUGGCACACUUGGGGAGCGGUUGUGGAUUUUACAAGAUUUCCUCAAACCACAGGUGUCUAAAUUGAGGACAAGAUGCCUCAAACGCCACCCUUUGCGGGCGUGUUUCCCAACAACGCCUACAACAAGAACCUGUACCAGACAAAAGAGGUGGAGGGCAGCAACUACGGGGGCCUGUAUUACCAUGACAACAGCCUGGUGUCCGGCUCCCUGGAGGCCCUCAUCCAGCAUCUGGUCCCCACUGUGGACUACUACCCCGACAGGACGUACAUCUUCACGUUUCUGCUGAGUUCCCGGGUCUUCAUCCACCCGUAUGAGCUGAUGACCAAGGUCUGCCAGCUGUGUGUGGAGCAUCAGAGGCUCAGUGACCCCCAGGCUGACAAGGUGAGGAUGAGGAAGAUAGCUCCCAAGGUGCUGCAGCUGCUGACUGAGUGGACGGAGACGUUCCCGUAUGACUUCCGUGACGAGCGAGUGAUGAGGAGCCUGAAGGAACUCACACAGAGACUGGCCAGCGGAGACGAGCUGUAUCGUAAGGCGGUGCAGCAGAUGACUCAGGCCCUGAUCCGCAAGCUGACGGUGCUGAGCCAGUACGAGGAGGCCCUGGCCAAGAUCAGCGCCACAGCUACGGACCGGCUAGCGGUGCUGAAGACCAAGCCCCAGGCCGCCCAGCAGAGGGACAUCCUCAGCAUCUGCACAGACCCCUUCACACUCGCACAGCAGCUCACACACAUAGAACUGGAGAGGUUAAGCUACAUCGGACCAGAGGAGUUUGUUCAGGCGUUUGCACAGAAAAGCCCUCUGGAUAAUGACAAGAAUUGCUUCAGCGACCACAAGAAGACGAGUAACCUGGAGGCGUAUGUGGCCUGGUUCAACAGACUCAGCUACCUGGUGGCCACAGAGAUCUGCAUGGCGGUUAAGAAGAAGCACAGGGCGCGGGUCAUCGAGUUCUUUAUCGACGUGGCACGCGAGUGUUUUAAUAUCGGCAACUUCAACUCCCUCAUGGCCAUCAUCUCUGGCAUGAACAUGAGUCCAGUAUCUCGAUUGAAGAAGACCUGGGGCAAAGUCAAGACGGCCAAGUUUGACAUCCUGGAGCAUCAAAUGGAUCCUUCCAGCAACUUCUAUAACUACCGGACGGCACUGCGAGGCGCCACACAGAGAUCCAUCACAGCGCACAGCAGCAGAGAGAAGAUUGUCAUCCCCUUCUUCAGUCUGAUGAUCAAGGACAUCUACUUCUUGAACGAGGGCUGUGCCAACAGGCUUCCCAACGGACAGGUCAACUUCGAGAAAUUCUGGGAGCUCAGUAAGCAGGUGCGGGAGCUGAUGACGUGGAAGAAGGUGGAGUGUCCGUUCGAGAGGGACCGCAAGAUCCUGCAGUACCUGCUCACCGCACCCGUCUUCAGCGAGGAUGCUCUGUGCCUGGCCUCCUACGAGAGCGAGGGACCUGAGAACAACAUGGAGAAGGACAGGUGGAAGUCUCUGAGGUCCACUUUGCUGAACCGGGUGUGAACGUGACAGCAUGGGGACAGCAUCUUUCUGUUUACCCAGCCCUAACGCCACCCCAACCCUCAACCCUUCCUCCCACUCAGCCUGAAACACGCGCACACACACACACACACACACACACACACA